AUGGCGGGGGAGGCAGUGCGUCGUAUUCAGCUGCCGCCGCAUUCGGAAUACCGCAUUGAACUGGAUGCUGGCGAAUCUAUAGCUCUUCGAUUCUGCCCGAAUCCUAUUUCCGGCCACUAUGGCGAUGCUGAGGUCUUUGGCGCGCCAUUGAUCGCAGGUGCCCAAGAGCGUUGGUACACGUUUGGCAACGAAGCCAAGUUUGCUAUUUCGUCCUGGGGUGGUGCCGACAUUGAAAUCGCUGGCACAGCGUCCACAGAGUACAUGGCAGAUGAGCCAUCGCACACGUAUACCUACCGCGCCAAUCUUCAUUUGAAUCUGGAACGUGCACGUAUUCGAGCACGCGAGCAAUUGCGUACCGAUAGCCAGCUGCAAAAGCAAUUGCAUGACAUGGAUGUUUCUACACGCACGACGCCGCCAUCGUACGAGGAGUCUGCAGCUGUACCUGGACACGAGUGGUACCAAGCGGCUGGCCAAGGGCCGCGUGUUAUGGUCGUGGGGCCUGAAAGUGCAGGCAAGACGAGUCUUGUUACGUUUUUGGCCAACUAUGCGCUUCGAUCACCUAUCCUGGCCAGUGUCGAAGAGGGGGCCGAAGCUGCGCGUCGGCUCUCGGAGAACCAACAAAACGAAGGCGAUGAAUCGGACGACGAGGCGACGCGCGCCGAAGGGUCGAAGCAUGAGAAGAUCAGUGAGGUUACCGGCUGGUGGCCCAUGAUUGUCUCGCUUGAUCCUGCUGAAGGAGCUGUGCCUGUGCCUGGCUGCAUCAGCGCAAUUCCCCUUAUGCCGACGCCUACCAACUGCCUUCCGUCUCCUUCGCCCGCUCUUCCAUAUGGUGUGACGCCACAAACCACCGGCUCGUUGCCCCCGAGCGUUUCCACCGUACACAGUGUGAUGCCACUUACGCUUUGGAUGGGGAAGCAAAAUGUGCGGGACAAUGAGCGUCAUUCCCGCCGUGUGAUCGACUGGCUGGCGUUCCAUGUGGAAAAGCGUAUGAUCAAGGAUCUGCGUGCUCGUAUGUCUGGUCUUUUGAUUGAUAUGCCUGGUACGAUUACCGCCGAUGGCCGAACGCGCUACGACUUCAUCCGGUACUGUGCGCGGGCCUUUAAAGUGGAUACCAUCGUCGUUGUAGGCCAUGAGAAGCUGAACUUGGAGCUCUCGCGGAUCUAUGCCAGCGACACGAGCGGCCAAGCGCCGCAGAUUGUCAAGAUUCCUCGCUCGGGCGGCGCUGUGGACGUGGAUGAAGUGUACAAGCAAAAACUUGUCGAUCUGCAAAUCCGAUCGUACUUUUACGGCAUGUCGUCUCCCAGCAAAGAGACAGCGGCAGCCGACGACGAGGCGUCUGGUACGCAGCCUGCCUUCCAAGCCGUGAUGAGCGAGCCACUGGGUGGUGUACCUACCCUGAACCCAUACUCCAGCACGAUUCCGCUGGAUCUAUUGCAGGUAUUCCGUAUCGGCCAGGACCGCGUAGCGCCGUCGUCGGCGUUGCCUAUUGGCGCAGAGCGGGCCUUGUCAGAGCUGCAGGUGGUGAAGCUUGAUCCAACAAACAACUCCAGCGACUUAUCCUCCCUUUUGCACUCGGUAUUGGCGCUUAUUGAGCCGCCGCCACGCAAAGAGCCAGUCUCGGACGACGAACCCGAUGCUAUGUACGACGACGACGAGCUUCUUGGCUCGACGCUUACGGGCUUUGUUCAUGUUUCGGAACUCGAUUCCAAUCGCAAGAAGCUCACGGUGCUCUCGCCCAAGCCGGGCAAGCUCCCUUCCAUCACGGCCUUAAUUGGCAACCUGCACUGGCAGGACACAUGA